AUGCCAAAGCAAACGGCCACUGCCGUUUCCUGGGAUGGCGCGCCUCCAUUUGAGGCCCAACUAGUCCACUACGGACUGAAGUCGUCCAAGACAAAGGCAGUAGCUCGGAUGCGACUGGUAGAUGCUGUCAAUGCUGGGAAUUUGAGUGUUCCGGAACAUGUCUCCAAGUUGGAGGCCAAGUUGAAGAAAGAAUGGACCAAAAAUGACAAAGACCUGAAGAAGGUAUCCAGCAGCAGUACGGGCUCUGGGUUGAUAGAAGCAAAGAAGGCUACGGCAGCGACAGGGAAGAAGCCAGUCAACAAGCGGAAAGCCGAAGCUACUUUAACGCCAGCGACUUCAUCGACAGGUACAGCAAAGAGCAACACGAAGAAGGCGAAGACAGCGGCCACUGCUAAGGCUACAACUCGAGAGACAAAACUCAGAGUGGCAAAGACAGAACCGGAAGGCCCCAAGGUGCAAAAGAAGCAGACCGCUCGUAGGGGUGGCCAUUCACAGGGACUCGUGCGCGGUGCGUCUACGGCAGUUUCUCAGCCUCAGGAACGACCUGCCCGGACUAAGCAAACCGCGAGACGGAGUUCGGCCUUCAUGGCACGGGGCCGAAUACCAGCUCCAUCGCCUGCUCAAUCCUCCGGCAGACAUGACUACGACAUGAACAGCGAAAAUCAAGGCUACGACGAAGAUGGUUCUCGUGGAUAUGACGAGGAUGAGGACAACUAUGACGAGGAUGACUCUGAUAUCGUUCUUGCCCCUCUCGGUCUCUUAAAUGGUAGCUACGAGAUUCAAAGCGAGUAUGUGGAAUCCGAAUGGAACGUGGGCUCGGAAUUCUCUCUGGAUUUGACACUCGAGGGCUCGAGUCUUUGGGGUUCCUUCGAUUUGGGUAUCCUCGAAGGGGUAAUAUUAUUCGAGGAGCGGCCUUGGCAAUCAUCCCACGAUCCCGUACCAAUCAUAUGGCGUGGCCGCGAGCUUGAUGGCCCUAUCUCCUACGGCGACCAAAACGAAGGCUGGAUGAAGUUUUAUGGCAAUGGUCGGGUGGAAGGAUGGAUUGAUUUCUCCUCAAUCACUUUUCAGGGCGACAGACUCCAGGGCCAAGGCACCCAGGGGACUAAAACCGCCAAGAGUCUGCGUAAUGAAUGGCUUGGUUAUUCUGAGGACCAAUAUGAGUAUGAGAAUAGAUCUCGCUGGUAA